ACUAAACCGCCAUCCCAGACAUCAGAAAACUGUGCGGAAAAUGGAGUAUCUGAACACGGAAGAAGUGGCUGCGUUCAAGAGAUCCAAGCACAAACGCGUACAAAGCAGAGCAUCACAGACAACGGAGCAGCUCAAAAACAAUCCAGACAGAAUCUGGCCCCCACAAAGAGGCAACGGGAGAGUGAGAACAUGGUGUCCCAGUCCAAGCAGCAAAGAGUUGAAGGCAGCUGUGUCCAUGAGAAACAAGCGACGGAUGGAUUUGAUGCAAGUUUUGCAGCAGAGCACCAAAAUAAGCAAAUCCACCAGAGAAGCCCAGAGACUGAAGACGAUGUGGUUGAGCAGUUUGCUAUCGAUACCACACAGAAUCUUGAAACCACAAAUGCUGCCACGGACACAUGCGAGGGAUUAGCUCUUGGACACUCGCUUGAAGCUGCAGCCGCCCCAAAGGGAUGGGUGAUCGGCCCCUUGUUUCAGUCAUUCAAAUCGAAAAUGGCCAGUUUCACAGAAAUAGUCAUGAGUCCUGUUAAACUCUUCAGAGCUAAUACUGCUCUCCCGUGCACGGACCUUCCAGACCAACUGGAUGAGUCCGAGCUACCGGCCAAUGGAGCAUCUGACGUUGAACACUCGGAGCCAAGCCUUGUGUUUAAUUCAGAAGCACAAAGUGAGAAUGCAAAUCAGAAGAGGGUCUGUAAAGUAGAAGGUGCACAAAACGUAAAAAGUAGAUAUUCCAAAAAAUUAUCUUUUGAUGCCGAGUUACCGUCACAUAACUCCGAGCAGGCGGAUGAAUGUGCAAUGACCCAAAAGGUAAAGAACUCUCCUGAUCCUUUGCAACGCUGCGCCUUACCCCUUGUGUCUGAGGAAGCGUCAGACUCUGUCGGGGCCUCUACGUUGUCACCGCCCUCUCUCAAUAGAAGUGCCUCUCAUGAAACCAAGUUGAAUAUGUCUGAGGCUAUCGAGGACCAAACGGGCAAGUUGUCUGCCGAGCUGAAACCACUGCCUCGGUCUCCAGGUCUCGGCAGAGCAAAGAGAGACGUGGAACUGGAGUGCCAUUCCGAAGACUGUGUGAAGAGGAAGAGAUUAACAGCAGAUGCAUGUCCAACGGAUCCCAAAAGACCAGAGUUCUUAAAUGUGGCGCCAGAUAUUGGCAUGUCGAGACCACCAAGAAGAGAAGUUGUGUUGAGAAAUCCCGUUGUGUAUGCGGAAGAAACGCUGCAACCUGUUAGAAAAAGACCACCAAGAGCAAAUAAGAAAGGUGAACAUGGACAAGAAAUAAUUGCUACAAUAAAUGAAACUGUGUUAAUCACACAGACUGGAGCUUACCCACUGGAUGUAAGCAGCGGUGUGUCAGAGAAUAGCCUGAAGGGGAGCGGCAGCAAGGGGAAGCCCAGGGGUUUGUGCAAGAAGCUGAAGACCAAAACGGGCCUUGGUGAAACUGAUGUAAACAUUGCUAACGGUGUGGAACUGGAAACCAGCGCGGCCAUCGCCUCGACCAAACAAGCCGAGCAGGACACGCGAUCAGAAGCCCUUUCUCGUCCUGCUAUAAAGCCCCUCCAGAGCUCACGCAAGCGCCGGAAUAUAAACAAGAAUCCCGUCAAGCGGAAAUCGCCGAGCCAAUCGAGCUCAUCGAUAGAAUUAGACGCCGCUUUGUUUUCUACCUCCGCGGCGCCAUCGAUGGCGCCGUUGGAUCUCACGGCCACAGAUUUGAACUCUUUUCAAAAUGAGCAGGGCUCGAAAAAGGGACUGAACAAGCCGUCCAAGAGAACCAAAAAGAGUUUUAGAGUUGAUGUUAAGUCGUCUGCAUCUGGUGGGCGUCAAGAGGCGACGCAGUGUUCCCAUGACCUCCAUUCGAUAGCCAAAGAAAACCAGCCAUGCAGAGGUCAAAUCUCAAUGGACCCGGUGUAUUUUGAAAUGACACCUUUUGAAAGUAUUCAACAACCUUCGUCCUCCCAACUUCCUUUAAACGGCUCUGGACAAUCAAAUAAUGAAGUUAACCACGUCACCGAUGGGAAAGAGAAGGGUACUGCUUCUGUAUCGGCCGAGGUAUUCCCCACCGACGCUGAAGCCAGCGACCACAGCAGCAUUAGCGUCUCUAAGUCGAGUACAAGAAGGGUUAAUAUUAAGCCAAAGAGAGCAGGUAAAAAGGGGAGUAAAUGCGUGUUGCUUACCAGGACAUGUAAAGGUCAAGAGGGGACUCAGUCCGUCUUUAUGGAUAAUGAAGACCUGGCUACAGCACGUUUACCCUCAGAAGGAAAUGACCUGUCCAGGCUCCUGAUGCGCAGCUACUCUUGCCCGGAGAUCUCCUUGCUUCGUCUCCCUGACACCCCCUGGACUUCCGCUCUGCAGUCACCCCAUCAUAGCAGGUUCCACCCAACACACCAGCAUCAGUCUUUCCACUCUCCUGUCCAUCAUGCCCACAAUUCCCUGCGGCGGGCUCGUCGACACACAGUCUGCAGCGUAGAAGUGGAGCGGGAGAUCGCCCCUCUGUGCCUUCGCAAGGAGGUGUACCCGUCCAGAAGAUCUCUCCCCUACGAUGGAGCCGCCCAACGCCACGGGUUGUCUCCGAGUCUUUCACUUUCUCCCAGCAGCUCCCUCGCCGCUCUCGUUUCCUGCUUCCUCUCAAGCCCUCUGGCUUUCCUCUCUACGAAACCCGACAGGAGAAGCGUCACCAGCGCCGGCACUUCCACUCAUGUUUCUUCUCCCAGCUCCUGUGCUCCAUUAUCCCCGGUGGUUCUCCUCGAAAGAAUCGACUCGCCCAGUUCUACCACGUUGGACUAUAGGAGAAGUGGGAAUCUGUCGGAGCGAGAGAUGGUGAGAAGACACCAGAGUGAAGAGGAGGAUGAUGGCGAGGACACAAGCUCAUCCUGUCAGGAGUUUGAAGACAUUGGGUUGAGAGAAGAAACGGCUUUCUCCGAUUCGGAAAUCAAGGUGGUGCAAAAGCACGAGGAACGAGGGAAGGUGUCAUCUAUAAGAAUUCGGAAAACUUUGCCCAAACCUCAGAACAACCUGACACCGAUGGGCCUGCCCAGACGCAUCAGGCUGAAUAAGAAGGAGUUUAGUUUGGAAGAAAUUUACACUAAUAAGAAUUUCAGCAAACUCCCAGAAAGCCGGCUGGAGACCAUAUUCGAGGUGCCGCUCAGUCGCCGGGAUGGCUCCGAGUGCCGGUACGGCCCGAGGCGCGUGAAAAGAUUUUUGCAGUUCGUGGAUACCGGCGAGGUCAGAAAAGCAAAGAAGCCUCUCGUUGGGGUUGGAAAGGCAGGUGAUCCCACAGACGAUGCUGCAGAUGGCCAGUUUCCUGUGGUGCUCGUCAUCGCAGCAGCAGGAGGCGGCGCUCGGUCCAGCGCUGAUGAUUGCUGGAGUGUUCUGUGUGUCUCCUGCCCCCGGGACGGUCGUCAGGAGGAUCGCCACCUCAUCCACCGCCUCGCGCUUCAGAGGUCUGCAGUUUCCUCUCCGAUUAUUGAUCAGACAUAACCGGACACAUUCGAACUUCACAGGUCGUGUUUGAUAUUUUCUGUUCCAUUAAUGUUCAUGUUUACAUUCUGAUUAAUGUCACAAUGUCAGAGUCUCUCUCCAUUAUUAAACCUGAAGAACACGGAAUAUGACGUAUAGCCCUGCAUGCACUCUGCCAAAACACUAUUGUAAUUUGUUGAUGAAUUUACAUGACAUGGCAGACCUCCCACAGGAAGUGAUGGAUUUUUUAAUACACUAUUUAAAAUGUCCCUUAUUAAUGAGACUAAACGUUGACCCUCUCUAAAAUCUAGCCCACCUGGUUUUCUUUUGGACUCAUAUUGGUAAUUAGAAUCAGUCCAGGUGUAUUUCUGCAUGACCCAAAGGGAAUAUCUGGGUUUUAAGGAGUUUGCGCUUGAUUUCCUUCCUGUUAUUUCCCCUAACUGACGGCCCUGUGGUGCAUGCUGCUGAUGUGUUUUAUGCUGAAAGCAGAAAGAUUCUCCUAAGCUGCCACCUUGUAUUAAAAGCGUACACGGUUUGAUACGGUUUCCCUGGGAUUGACUACAUGACCUGUAGCCCAUAGUGCUCGCUAGGCAAGACGAGUUCAGUGUAAAGAAUUUCAAAAUAAAGUUCCCUACAAGCCUAAACAAGUUCUUCAAAAGUAUUUACAUUUUUACUGGGCAUGAGAGUUUUUCUGAACUGGGUGUUUGCAUCAUGAAACAGAGAGUAGCUUUCGGAUGGCGUAACCGUGUCAUGUGUUCUCUGUUAUCGAGAUGAAAACAAACAAAAUGCUUGAAAAACUUGAAAGAUCACUUUUUAAAACAAUGUGGAAACCUCCCCCUUGGCCGGCAAAUUGUCCUGGAACUUUAUCUGAUCUCAGAUUUUAUCAAAAAGCGUGCCAGCCGGCUCUGUUUGCUUGUCACUUUGAGACAAUACACCUGCAGAGAGUUGGACUGGCUUGAUAAUAGUAUCACCACGUAAUGCUCUCCAGGCCCGUGACUCAUUUGUAGUGGCUGUGAGAAACUUGUGUGGGUUAUUAAGUAUGCGUAGUUUUCCGGGUAUAAUGUAAAUCUGGUCCUAGCAGACAGAAGGGAGAAUACAACUUGAUUACUGAAUAUCACAUUCACCAGAUGAUGCACUUUAAACACAACUAAACCUCAUUUUACAAGUAAAAUUUUACUUUAAAGUACACACCUGAUUUAAAUUGUAAAUCCUCAGUCUUCAGUGAGUUUCUUAGUUGUCCAGAAUGUGACCCAGAGUGAUAUUAAAGU